AGCCGCAUUAGUAGCGGCGCUUCGGGUGUCAGGCGGCGCUGUUGGGCGGAGAAGCUGCGCGCUCGGGCUACCCCGUUUUUUGUCUCUUCCCCCCCCUCGCCCUGCCCGCCUCGGCUGGCCCUGUGGCUGGAGGCGGUUGAGCUGGGGCUCCCAGCCCGUUUCUCCUGCUCGCCGCUCUGGUCCCCACCGAGUCUCUGGCUUGAGGGCGGCACCGCCACCACCACCUCAGCCUCGAGAUGUUUGACAAGACGCGGCUGCCUUAUGUGGUGCUGGACGUGGUCUGUGUGGUCCUAGCUGGCUUACCCCUUGCUGUUCUAAACUUGGCAAAAGUAAAGCCGUAUCAGAGGGGCUUUUUCUGUAAUGAUGACAGCAUCAGCUACCCGUUCCAUGACAGUACCAUCACAUCUACUGUCCUCUACACAGUGGGGUUCACUGUGCCCAUUUGCUCUAUAAUAAUAGGAGAGGCCCUUUCGGUAUAUCACAACUGUUUGCACUCUAACUCAUUUGUGAGAAAUAACUACGUUGCUGCUAUUUACAAGGCUCUGGGGACAUUCCUUUUUGGUGCAGCUGUUAGCCAAUCUUUGACAGACAUUGCCAAAUAUUCAAUAGGUAGACUGAGACCUCACUUUCUGGACAUAUGUAAACCAGAUUGGCGUAGUUUCAACUGUAGUGCUGGUUACAUUGAAAACUUCAAAUGCCUUGGAGACAAAGUAAAGGUUAACGAAGGAAGACUGUCAUUUUACUCUGGACAUUCGUCAUUCUCCAUGUAUUGCAUGAUGUUUCUAGCACUUUAUCUUCAGGCCCGAAUGAAAAAUGACUGGGCAAGACUUUUGCGUCCUACAGUCCAGUUUGGACUUGUUGCUUCAUCCAUUUACGUGGGCCUCUCCCGUGUUUCUGAUUAUAAACAUCACUGGAGCGAUGUAUUGACUGGACUCAUCCAGGGAGCACUGGUAGCAACCGUUAUCGUUGUGUAUGUCUCAGAUUUCUUCAAGGAGAGAGGGCGUACAUUUAAACAGAAGGAGGAGGAAGAUUCACACACAACUCUACAUGAGACGCCCACCAAUGGAAAUCACUACGGCAGUAAUCACCAGCCAUGAUACGUUCAAGAGCUAUUAUCCUGUGGAAUCUCCUGCUAUUUAAAAGGAAAAUUUCACAAAUAUUUCUUGUCUAAUGUAAAAAACAAAAUAAAUGCCUUUUGAAGGGGACUGCUGCUGCUAUACCUCUUAAGUGCUCACUUUAUAUGUAUAUAGUUAACAACAAUGUAUCUAAAAACCUCCAAUUUCUAUUGGUUCAAGCUUAUGCUUAUAAACACGAUAUCCUGACUAUUUUUUAAUUAAAAUAAUGUAUAACACUUAUUACAAACAGCGAUGGAAUACAUUCAAAAUAAAAAUCUGUCUUGCUUGGGAAGAGGAAGCACUGGUCAUUUUAGUGGCUCUUGGAGUAACUGCUGCAGAAUGAAGGCUGUUCAGACACACCACAGUCAUCCUAUAGAUAAAGACUUGCAGCAAACACAAUGUCUCUCUUGAUUUUUGUAAUUCCUGUUGAGAAUAAAAAAGAAAAGAAUAUAUCCACGGUUAAUGGCAUAGUUGUAGUCGGAUACUACUUGCUCAUGCUAAUGAGAUGUAGUAAAAUGAAACUAAAAUCCAGUGCUGAAUUUUCAAAAUAUCUUAUUUUUUCCCAAUUUCCACCUCAAGAUACUAUUGUGCAGCUAUUUUGACUGUUAGGAAAACAUUAGUAGACUCCUAGGUAACCUCCCACCCUUUUUUUUUUCAACCUCAGCAACAGCAGAUUAUAACAGGCAUGUUCAGUUUAAAUGGAAUACUUUGGCUUGUGGCCAAGCAAUUUUAAACUGCUUGUAAAUAUAUUUUACAUUUAAAGAUGCACGUAUUUAUAUAAUAUUGUACAUACAAACCUUCUGCAAAUUUGUUUUCCAGUUCUGUAUUUCCAAUGGCCUUUGCUGCUUGGCACAUCUGUCUAAGCAAUUCUUCUAGCCUCCUCAUACAUCGAAUUAUGCUACCUGAAUGAGGAAAUGUACAUAGACAGAAAUGGUAAAGUAGUCAUUUUCAAAGUCAAUUCAUGUUAAAGCAGUCAUUUUCUACAAAGAAACAAGCCCUUUCUAUGAAGUAGGACUGUUGCCUCUAAUAUGGUUUUUUUUGGUGGAGCUGUAUGUAAAAUCAAGCUCGCUCAUUCAGUUUUCUUCAUCUGAAGCAAAAAGAAUAUAACAAAAAGUUUAAAAAUGGCUCUGAAAUCCAGAGAUUAUUUCUUUUAUGUACUUUGUGGUCUUUGGGGCAUUUCAAGACAUCCCUCACUCUCUGCUUUGGGAAGGAAAUACAAGAAGCUUCAUGUAUUAUAUUUUAGCCUUAGCAUAUGAUAUAGAUUUAUUGUGAAUGCAGGUUACUUAAAAGAACCCAAGAAUCUACCUAUCCUCCCUCCUGUAUAUUUUUAUAUUCUGCAAUGACACCUAUGAAAGGUAUGUCUUGCUUCAAACAUUCUGGAAAACAUUCUGAAUGAAUAUUAGAGCUAGAACUGGAAAAGUAAUCUAGGGAGUAUAGAUUAAGGCAGGGAAUAGAUAUUUUUGCUAUUGAUGACAAUUUGAAGAAAUGAGGCCCAUAUAAUGAACAAUUUCAUCAAUUCAAAAGAUUAAAUUUAAUUGCCUUAUUGCAAAUCUAGCAACUCUUCUAAAAAGUCAUCCGGAGUCAGUUAUCAAAAGGAAAUAAAUCUGAGCCACAACAGCUUGGAACGCUGACUUCUUCUACAGUUUAAGCAAACUUAUUUUGAGAAAUAAUAAUUUUUAUAUCAAAGGAUAUCAAAAUCAAAGGAUGUAAAAAGCUAUAAAGAAUUCUGACAUCUACAGAACCUUUACGGUCAUAUAAAAAAAGUGUUACAUCGAAUCAGGCAACAAAUAAAUUCCAUGUGCCAAGAUAUUCAGUGAGCGUAUGUGCUCACUGAACCCGCCGCUUGUAUUUUCCCACCUUCUCUCCAAACUGACAAUAUAUCACUAAAACUUUACUUCAGUGUAUUUUGCUAUGACUGAGAAAAGUGCCUUUCAGUAUUACUGCUCACUUUGGAAGCAUUUUUGUUUGCUUAUCUGAUAUAUGGAAAUAAAUAUUUGCAAUUUACAUGGAGUUAACAAAAA